AUGGGCUCCGUUGCCGUUGACUUCAAGAACCCCGCGACCUCGUCUCUGCUCGAGGUCGUUAAGGCCCGUCGCACAUACUACGACCUCAAGGGCGAGAGCUCCAUCUCCGACGAUGCCCUCGAGCGUAUCGUGCAGGAUGCCGUCCUGCACGUGCCCAGCUCCUUCAACACCCAGACUUCUCGCGUCGUCUUGCUCUUGAAGGAAGAGCACAAGAAGGCGUGGGACAUUGCGAUCAAGGCCAUGGAGGGUCUUGUGGCGGCGGGCCAUGUGCCCAAAGAGAUGUUUGAGAAUCACACCAAGCCCAAGUUGAACUCUUUCAAGGCUGCUUAUGGAACUGUCCUCUUCUUUGUUGAUUACGAGUCUCUCGGACCCAUCAAGGAGAAGUUUGCCAUUUACGCCGACAAGUUUGACCCCUUUGCCAUGGAGUCCAGUGCUAUGUCCCAGUAUCUCGUCUGGCUCGCUCUCGAGUCCGAAGGCCUCGGUGCGAAUCUCCAGCACUACAGCCCCCUGGUCGACGAAGGCAUUGCCAAGACCUGGAACCUGCCUGCCUCCUGGAAGCUGGAUGCUCAGUUGGUCUUUGGUACCCCUAACUCUGGUCCCGGCGAGAAGACGUUUGCUCCUCUGGAAGACCGCUUCAAGGUGUUUGGUAAAUAA